UUUCUUGCAGCGCGCUUCUCCGGAUGUUCUCUCUCUGUCCUUGCAUUCAGUGCUAGUGAGUAGUGUUGCGUUCUCCAUUUUCUGUCAAAAGCUGAAGGUGAUGUUCACCGCUUGUCCUGUCGAAGACAAACUGCGGGGAUCUUGACAGUUUCUGUACUACCUCGUGCUGAGUCCUGCCGUACUGCUGCAGCGUCUGGCUAGCGAGCGUGCACAGGCUACGACUAGACUGAAGCUAGCCUAGCCUAGCCUAGCCGCGUUGUUGUCUCUCUCACGUCUCAGCCUUAUCCUUCCUAUCUGAUCUAGGCUCCGAGUCCGAGGAUGGAUUUGAUGGUGAUGCUGCUUGGCACAGCCGUCACAACAUGCUCCGUGACCGGGUGCGGGAGUCGGCAGUCGAAACAGUGUGGGAAAGGAUUCUUCAGAAUACCGACCAACAUGACAUUGGCGAGGCGACAGUUAUGGAUCAAAGCCCUGGACCGAAGUAAGCUGGCUAAUGGUGAGCCAUGGGCACCAAAGUCUGGUGAUCGAGUUUGUGGCGAUCACUUCAGCUCUGGCCGACCAUCCACGGAUCCUGCAAACGAGGAUUACAUUCCGAAUCAAAAACUCAACGCAUCGGAUCAUCCUCGAAAACCGCGGUCGCAGCGCGCCAUGCAUAGGGCCAAGUCCUGUACUCGCUCCUCAUUGGCCAAGAAACAGAGAACAACAGCGGCUAAAACAAGUACUGCAGCUACUAGUGAGGCAGCGCUGCCCUUACUCGAAUUAUCACAAGAUUCGCCUGAAACCAUGGACAAGGUUGCGACAGAAGAGGAGGCCAGGUUAGAGGCCCGCAGCAGGAAAGCGGCCGUACGUCACGAUCACAACUAUCUUUACAACGGCGGCGAGAACCCGCUCAAGCAGCGGUCCGGUUGGCGGGAUCAACAGCAGACUGUUAGUGCUAGUGCCGGUCACCAUGGUCACCGCCGCAGCACUGUGCCAGAAGUAGCGCCGCGACACUCGACCACAUUAACGGUGCUUGGACCAGUGCAAGAAGCUAUGACUGCCGAAGUCGGUGUGAACACAGACAUUUCGAUACCGGCAACAUCAGGAAUGGUAAUGGUGGAGAAGGAAAAGUAUGAACUGUUUCUUGCACAGCAUAGUACUGCUCGUACUGGUAUUGCAGUAAUAAAGUGGUGAUACUGAAAUGCAGGUUGAGACACUCAUGAUGCACAGUGAGUGUAGUGAGGGAAACACAGGUUUAGACACUGGAAUAGAGGAAGUACCGCGUGACCCGCUGGUACCGUUGACCAUGCUUGUACAGUCCCUGCUAGCCGCUGCCAAUACUUGUCUUCCAGGUAGAAUGGUUGAUUAGUAAGGCUGGUUCAGUGUACGGAGACCAAUACGGCGGCACAGCUCAGUAACAACAGCCUUUCAACUUUAUUCAUACACUUUUAAACUUUCUAUAUAGUUCUACGGUUUUGCUACGGAUCCAGCAGCUACCUUUGGAAGAAUGUCCACCGAGUACAGGUGGACGGAUAGCAGAAUAAAGCCUUGCAGACUCUGAAUGGGAAUGUUACUUCAAAGUCGCCACUACGUUCAACCACAUACAAAUGGUGCGUCCGUGGGGUCGGAGGGAAACUCAGCCUCUGCUACCGCUGUGUCCGCUGCUACCUAGAGCACACACCUGCUUCCACUCAGCUCUGUCUUCUGGUACACACACACACACACACACACACACACGCACACACCUUCUGCCCUUCGUCCACUGCCAUGACUGGCUAUGUGGUCCUGUAUACGGGCAGAGCAGAUGUGUCGUACACUGCGCGUGGUGUGACUAGUCUAGUAACUUUUGUACGGCCGAAACAUUUAUACUGACUACCAACAGAGCACAUGUACUCUUGAUACCACUGGUUGACUCCCUUAUUCCCUACUUGUAACAAUCAACUAACUAACUAACUAACUAGUGACUGUUAUCAUGGUUACAGGCAGUAUUAUUGAUCAUUAAAUUACAACAUAGGGAAUGCGUGUCCGCAACAGGGAGUUCUAUACACCCCAUUCAACUCCCUGGUCAGCAAUGUACCGGAAGACCCUUUCUUUGUUUAGUUAGAACCAGUUUGCGAGUACAUGUACUGUGUGCGCUGUGUGCACUGUGUGUACUGUGUGCGCUUGUAAGGUUUGUGCUUCAA